UUUAUAUAUUUGACUCACGUCGAAUGCAUUUGUUGACAAUAAAUGGAGCGACAAAAAAAGUUUAUUUGUAUGACUCAGUUUAUUAACUCCAUUGCAUAACAUCUAGCUUCAAUCUAGAGAAGACCGCUUCGAAAUGAAGCUUGUCCAAGUGACAGGAUUCAUUUUGUGGAUUCACAUCUUCACCAAAUUGGUGUCCGGAGCAACAACAGUAUCGGAUUUAGACAUACGGAGUGUGCUGAGAAGUCGUCAAACAACACCAAAAGCUUUGAAUGACCUCACAAACGAACUUCUCACAAAUAAACCCCUCGUAGAGGACAACCAACCAUCCGACAAAGGACUCCCGAUUCCCGGAACUGAAGAGGGACUUCCACCGCUGUUGGCUGCUGCCUUGAAGUUGAACGAAGGAGAGGCCAAAGAAAAUGACAAAGGAAAAGAGAUAAUAAGGGGAAAACGUUGCGGAGGAGGAUGUGGUGGAGGAGGGUAUAGAGGAGGAUGUGGAAGAGGAGGUGGAGGUGGUGGAGGAGGAGGAGGAUAUGGUAGGAGUUACAGGGGGGGCUGUAGUUGUUCUGGGGAUCGGGGUUAUAGGAGGGGAGGAAGACGUGAUGAUUACAGCAGAGACAGAAGUAGGGGAAGAACGAAGAAGGUGAUAAUCGAGUAUAGGGAGAAGAAGAGAGACGAUAGUAGAUCUACGGAACCGAGGAGGAGGAGUAGGAAGAGGGAUAGUAGUAGGGGUAGAGAUAGGGAUCGUAGCAGGGAUAAAGAUCGUGAUAGAGAUCGCAAUCGUGAUAAGGAUAGGGAUAGGGAUAGGGAUAGGGAUAGGGAUAGGAAUCGUGAUAAGGAAAGAGAUAGAAACAGCAGAACAACGAUGACAAGAAUACUCGCAGGAAAAAGCAUUCUUCGUCGUCUGAAGAUAGCAAGCAUGAUUAGAAUAAUUGAAUCACACCAAGUACUUAGUGAUCAAAUUUGAAAAUCAUGAAAAGUGUUGAACAUUGUAUUGUUCGGAAUAAAAUGAAUUAUGUCUGA